ACACGCACGUUACGAUGUGGCCACUUUGUUCUUGCUGCCGAUGCUUGCGAGCUCAUGAUGCACCGGUGAGAUCAGAGCGCGAAUGAUGGCUUGUUGUGGCAAAGCAGAACAGGAAGCGUCGGGUCACGCAUCGUGAAGUGUUGUUGGAUGGAAGCUUCGGGUGUGGUAAGAGUUUGGUGGGUGAUUGCUUUCGCUUUCUGUGACCUGUUGCUCUGCUUGGUGGUGCUGGUGGUGGUGGUGGUGGUGAGGUUAAGAUUGAAGCCAAGUUAAUCUCUCUAUCCUCUCCAUUCUUUAUAUAUUGGCUUCUUCUUGCUUAGCAAUUUUUUUAUUGCUGGUAGUCGUCUUCUUUUUCGUGGCUGCUGCUCUUCUGAAGUAGAUCUAUCCGAGUCCAAAACGUUGCGGAAAUCUUUGGCAGAAGCGCAGAGCAGCCGCAAUGGAUUCUGUUUGCAGUAGCUUUUGAUCGCAUCGUAGUUUGCGCUGCUGUGCAUCUUCCGGGGAGGGUAGCAGAAUGCCGUCGAGGACAGGAUAUGGAGCUGCGAAGCAAGUGGUGGUGGAGGAGAAGGGUGCCGAAUGGGAGGUGACUCCCGGCGGAAUGGUGGUACAGAAGCGCGAUCCCGAGUCCGGGCCACCCGCUGCCGUCGUCCCGACCAUCCGUGUCAAGGUCAAGCAUGGCUCCGUCUACCACGAGAUCUACAUCGGCUCUCAGGCCACCUUCGGGGAGCUGAAGAAGAUGCUGUCGGCGCGUAUCGGGAUGCAUCCGCUCGACCAGAAGCUGAUCUACAAGGACAAGGAGCGGGACUCCGCCGCAUUCCUCGACACCGCCGGCGUGAAGGACCGGUCGAAGGUAGUGCUGGUGGAGGACCCGACGGCGAAGGCGAAGCGGCUGCUGGAGACGCGCAAGACCGACAAGAUGGAGAAGGCAGCCAAGUCCAUCUCCGCCAUCAGCAUGGAGGUCGACAAGCUGGCGUCCAAGGUGUCGGCGUUGGAGGCGAUCGUGAACAAAGGCGGGAGAGUGGUGGACCAGGACGUGGUUCGGCUGAUCGAGUUGUUGAUGAACGAGCUGCUCAAGUUGGACGGCGUCGUCGCCGACGGGGACGUGAAGCAACAGAGGAGAUUACAGGUUAGGAGGGUCCAGAAGUAUGUGGAAACGCUCGAUCUGAUCAAGAUCAAGAAUGCAACGCCGAGAGCCAAUGGGCAUGUCCAUCAUCCUCAACAGCAGCAGCAACACCAGCAGAGGCAGCAGCCACCGCAAUCGGUGGUGGUGACCACCGCGAACUGGGACACAUUUGAUUCCUUGUUCAUGCCAUCCACCUCCACGCCGGCCACCACCGCCACCUCCACCGCGUCAUCCACCCCCACCACAAGGUUCGACUGGGAGCUGUUCUGAUGUCUCCGCCACGAGCAACUCAGCAGAAUCAACAGCAGUACGUCCUCGCUCGCUCGCUUGCUCUCCGUCGCUACUAUUCUUUUGUGUGCAUACCUCCAACUACAUAAGAAUAAAUGGAUUCAUGUCAAUAUGUUGUAUCAACCAUUUCAAGAUACAUACUCUUUUUAUGUCAGAGAAUUUUUGUUCA